AUGGGUGAAUUUGGGAGGAGGACUAUACCAUAUUACAGACCGAUAUCCAUGGGACAGAGAGCCGCUAAGCACAACAUGCAGGCGGGCGUACGACUUUAUCACCAACGACACCAUGCGCAGGCGAUUCACAAAUGGAGGCAUGCCCUAAAUCGGCUGACAAACGCAGAAGAUCGUUUCAUCACACUUGGCUAUCUCGCACAAGCGUAUUGUGAUAGUGGCGAAUUCGAAGCGAUGCUUCACUAUGCCUUACAGCAAAUGGAGCUGGCCAACGAACGCCAUGAUGAAUACAUGAAGAGCGAAGCGUUUCUCAAUCUCGCCAAAGCCUAUGAACGGUUAGCCGACUUCAGCAAGGCGUUGAAUUACGGCAAAGCCAGUUUACAACAUCCUAGCAUGGAUCCUCGCACUCCAGGAUAUGCACACUUAGCCAUCGCCUGUGCACAUCUUGGCUUCAGCCAGUUCCAGAACUGUUUGGAAGCGUUCGAGCAAGCGAUGAAUGUGGCAAAUGAGACCGGCGAUAAACUGCUCGAGCUGCAGAUCUGCGUCGGCCUCGGUUCCCUAUUCACUUUGCUACGGUAA